GGAACUAUUGGUAUAUGCGUUUGUUCUUAUUUAUAAUUGUGUCUUAUUGAAGUGUAUCUCCAAAAAUUUUAGUUGAUGGCAUGUGUUGUAAUGAGCGGAUGUGAGCGCAUUCGUGAUGUACAGUUGUUAAUGAAUCAAGGGGAAUUUGCUCAAGUUUUUACUUAGAUUGGUGAAUGAGUUCAUUGGAAUUGUGUUUGCCAAUUACAUGCUUUGGAGUUUUGGCCUACAGUUUACAUGUUUACGCAUGGCCAAAUGGGAGGAGAUGCCAAAGUUUGACAUCAUGGAAAGGAUGCCAAAGUCUGCAAAAUGGGAGACUGAUCGAGAAAAGAGACAUAGAGGUGAGCAGACCAGGAGAGAAAGGGCGAGGGGGAGCUGAUAGAAGGGAUAGAAGGGAAGGAGACUCGACAGGGAGGGGAACCCCAUCGGAGGAGAAAGAGAGGGGGAAGACCCGAUGGGAGAUUCAAUAG